CGUCGAUCGGCACGUGUGUCUUCUCGUUUCGCUGUCGUCGCGUUUACGCAUUUUAUUUGUUUUUGUCGAUUUCGCGAAGUGCAUCAUACGGUUUUCCUCAGACGUCGCGGUAUGAAGUGAACCGCGUAUUAUUUUACUCUCGCCGUCGAAACCGUCUUCGUGCCGUAUCUGAAAAAUGCUGGGAGUUUUCAAAAAACGCUGGAAGCCCAAAAAUAGGGUUACGAAAAGCGAAAACGGCGAUGGUCUAAUGUUGAGUUGUAGCAAUGAAUACUCUGAACCAAUUAAUGCUUACGUGCUUCCGGACUCUCAUAUUACCAAAUUAUGUUCAGCCAGACAAAUGUUUCCGGUUUGUGAUAACAACUCACAUUAUUCAGUAACAUACGAAACUUUAAAGCCGGUAUUAGUAUCGUCAGAUACAGCAUCUGUAGGCUAUGGAAAACUGGAAACUGUGCCGCCACCUAUUGGUGGAGCUUCUGGGAAGAAAAUAACGACUGUCAACGGCGGAAAUACAACUACCCCUAAUAUUUGUAUCGAGGGUGGCCGCAUUGAAUUUGUAAAGUCUCCAAUAGAUUGCGGUGAUGAAAAACAAGACUACCUAAAGGAGUAUAUGGAAGCGAAAAUCGUGCAGCUAGAAUCUGAGUUAGUCGCAGAACGCCGAAUCACGCAAAGGGAAAGAACGCUAAACUCCAAGCUGCAAAAACAAUUAGCUCGGCGUGAGUGGCUGCAGAGGGAUGUGGACAGAGAGAGGAGACUGCGCUUGGACACGGAGGCGAGACUCAAGGGUUCCAGUUCUGAAGCAGACAGAUGCCGUGUCAAGCUGUCGACUUUACAAAAAGACUUCACCAAAAUGGAAGAAACCGUACGGUCUUUGCUUCAAUACAAAUCCAAGUUUGAGCAACUAAAACAAGACCGGCACUCAGUGGCCAACUCCUAUGAAAAUCAAAUCUUACAACUCCAAAACGCAAUUACCAAACUCAAGAUUGAAAACGAAACGUUGAAGAAGCAGAUAGACACUCUCGAAGCAACGGGCAUCAGCCAAGUGCAAAAAGCGUUAGUUGAACGGCUCCGGAUAUUGGAACACGAGAAAAGUCGCAUUGAACGUGAGGGUGAACAACAGCGCAAACAGUACGAGAGGUGUCUGGACGACGUGGCCAAACAGGUGGUCAAAGCUGUACUGUCACAAAAGGGUCUGCGAGAAGAAAUAUCCUCACUACAGCACCGCGUCAAAGAGCUCGAGACCGGUAACUGCGCACUAUCUGCACUUCUGGUGCAACGACUACAGGGCCAGAAGAUCAACUACUCACAGACCACGAUGCCGGUGGCUGAGAGUCGGUCUGUUAUGUUUGACAUCCACCGGUCGCCGUCCAUGCAGAAAAUGGCUAUUGAGCGACCAGCAAGCUGCGAUCUCACAAAGGGUCUGAAGAGGUUAAAAAAUGACGGAUGGCAGGCAGCCGUAUCGUACCACAGACCACAGUCGUUGAAUUUAGAAAUUUGUUGCUCGCAUAACGCUGAAGAGACGACAAAAUGCGACAGAGUACUCGGUGACGAGACGCCUGAGAGUGGUAACCGAGACGAAGGGUAUUCGACCAUGUCGAGCGACGUGCAAGGCACAACCGAACCUCCGUCCACCAAAGGUUUGGAAGACGUGAAGGAAGCCAACGAGAACGAAUCGAACGCGCUCAUGGAAUCAUCGCCGUGCUCCAGGGUGAUGAACAGCGAGGACACGGACGUGAUAUUCGUGCCACUCAGCCUAUCGUUCAGCUUCAUCAACCCGCGUCACAGCUACCCACCGCUCCGCUGUGUCCCGGCGGUGCAUAACAUCAUGCGAAGCUACUCGGACUCACAUCUUUUCCUGAAGCUGGCCGCGGCCACGGGCGGUUUCGUCGAGGACGAGGACCGGACGUCGUGGUAUAGCGGCGGCGAGCUGUGGGACAUGGAUUAUGUGCAGCACUGGCUCCGAUUGGACGAGACGCGCACUGCCAUCCAACAACGGAUGGAGUACGACGCGGCCGAGCUGGAAGACUGGAGCAUGGACGACGGCACCUGUGCGUCAAACGGCUGGAAGCGGAUGUCGUCGGUGGACGGAAAACUGCAACAGUCGUUGCCGUGCAUCGAAGAAGACGACGCGACCGGUUCGUCGUCGAAGUCGGGCGGCCGCAAAGGUGACCUGUUGCAGGAUAUGGGAUCGACCAGAGACAUGUCGUGGUACCACUUCCAGCAAAACCACCAACACCAUCACCAACAGCCGCAUCAGCACCACCAACAGCAACCUUACGUACAGCAGGGCCAGAUUCAGGUGCACAAUCACCAUCAGCACGACUGUCAGCAGCAGCACCACCAGCACCAGCACUACCACCACCACCACCACCACCAAAACAACAACAACAACCUGCACCAGCACCAAAUACAGCACCAACAGCUGUCGUACGGUUCGGGUUCGCCGGGUGGCGACUCGUGGUCAAGCGCGGACGAGUACGCGGUUGCCGACACGCCACCGUCAAAGAGGUCGUCGGUCAGCUGCUCCGCGGACAGCAUCGAACUGCUACCGCCACCCGGGCCGAUUGCCGGCACCGACUUCACUCGUGAUUUUUACCGACUGGUCAAGUUCGAAAGCUCCAAAAGCUUGGCUUCUACCUCGUCGCGAAGCGUGACGGGUGGAGGAUGCGAUCAUCGGACGCCGCCGGUGGUCGAGGCGCAGUUGGAUCGUGACCAAGCGCUACAGAGCGUGUUGGACUUUAUCGCCGAACAACAGCAGUACUGCUUGUCCCGGCAAGCCGAAGACAAACGAGAACCGCCGCGAGCCGCGUCACCCGCGGUCGCGACCGAAGAACUCCUCCAUUCCGACCUGCCCGCGGCCGACGUGAGGCCUCAGACGCCACCAUCGAUACCGACGAUGCCGUCAUCAAAUCCUGCGCCGCCGUCGGCACUGCCGGCGGUGCAUCAGACAUACGACAGUAACAGCUGCAGCGACAACCUGCUCAACUCCAAGGACAGCGGGUUGUGCGGUAGUGACGUGGAGAUCGAGUGCCUGCCCGAAGACUGCAGUUACGUGGUCGACCAAUCACCCACGGCCGCGUCUACGCCACUGUCCACGCUGCUCAGGACUGUGGUGGAGGAGGACGAAGAAGCGUCGGCCAAAUCGACGUCCCCACAACCGCCGUCGUCGUACGCCGGCGCCGGUGGUUCGAGUAGCGGUUGCACGGCCGACACCACGGUGUGCAUGGUGCCCGCGUGGGCGGCCGCCUCGUCAAAGGAUCUGAUCGAUCAAUUGAACUGGAUGGACGGUUGUGGUGAAGGCCAUCCCCUCUUCAGCACGUCACCCGAGGAUGAUCAGGUCCCACGUCGUUCUUCGUCGUCGUCACCCGACCUAGACGAGGCGUGCUGUUGUCCCACCGGAUGGGUGCACGUCGAACGAGACAUCGACUUCGCCGAUCCUAAGGAACGAGCAAACUUGUUGGACGUUAUGUUGGCAGCCAGUAGAAGUUCUUCUAGCAGCACGAGUAGCGCAUCAACAGGUGAAGACGACGACGACAGCUGCAGCAGUGGCGUCAGUGGCGGAAGCUGUAGUGGCAGAGCUGGUGGCAGUGGCUGCAAUGAUACGACCGACGACAGUAGUGACGACGAGCGUGACCCGAACGACGACGACGUCGUUCGUCAAGUCGGCAGACGACGGACUACCGAAGCCGGAAUCGAUGCAUCAAACGAGGAAUCGUACAACCGUCUGCAUAGGUUGCACCGGGUGCGCAGACAAAAAAAAGCGUCCGCCAUCCGCGACGGGUUCGGCGUGCUCCGGUGCCCGGCGGCGGGACUCCGGCAGUCGAUCGUGGGACGGAGCGACUUCUUCGUCCGGUUCGGCGACAAGGAGCGAGAGGCCAUCUCCAACUUUGACUUCCUGGACGACCUGUCCACCACGUCGCUGAGCACCGACUCGGGCGACCGGCCGCCGUCGCCGCGCCGACCGUCCGCGUCCACAUCGGCCGCCGCUACGGACCGCCGCGGCAAAUACUACUCGUACACGUGUUCCUCUUCGGCCACCGCGGCGGCCGCAAAAGCCGCGACGCCCGGCCACCGGCGGCCGUCCGCGUCGUCAUCGUCGGUGCUGCCCGCCGACUGCCGCCGGCAACGACGCCGCCGGUACUCCGGCCUGUCGCUGAGCGAUUCGUGCGGCGACUCGGACUGACGGGGCUGUCCGCGCAAACAACACGAUCCACACGACGACGUGGCCGGCGAUCGCGACAACGUCGUCAUCAACAUCAUCACCGUCGUUAAUACUGUUAUUAUCGUUUCGCGAACGUUAUAGCAUUGUGCUGUGGUCCAUCGCGAGCCAGUUCUUCCGACGUCCGAUCUGCGGCGUUUAUUUUUUUUAAAUAUAUUACACACAUAUAUAUAUAUAUCGCGUCCCGUACACUGUACUGCGUGUUAUUAUUAUUGAAAAUGUAUGACGGCGAGACAUUUGGUGCGUCUUGGACGCGUUCUCCGACCCCGAAGCCGACGCAAUCGCCGCCGCCGUCGAUUGCAAGGAAAAGAUGUUUAAGAUGUAUUUUUACGGAAAGUUAGGUAGGUGGGUACAUGCGGUGAGAUGCGAGGCGUGCGACUAACCGUAUUGUAAACGUAUGUUUUGGUCAUUUUAAUUCGACGUCUCUUGCAUACGUUAAGUGUAUCAUUUAUCUAAAUAUUGUAAUAUACAUAGUGUGUGUGUGUGUGUGUGUGUGUGUGUGUGUGUGUGUGUGUGUGUGUGUGUGUGUGUGUGUGUGCAGGUACACGCGCAUGUACCUACCUCUCAGUGUUGUAUAGUCGUCGGAGGCGGUACGACGUAUAGUGUUAUCAUUUCUCUAUGUUAAACAUUAUUAUUAUUAUAUAUAUAUAUAUAUGUUACAAUUAUGUAUUAUUAUAUUAUAAUUGUAUGUCUUAUUAUUGUAGUUAUAUUACGUUUGUCGGCGCCGCUUGUACCUCGUGAAAGAAACCGCGUGUUUUCUUCUUAUUAUUAUUUUUUUGACUAAUAAUAUUAAAUGUGCAUAAGAUAUUAAUAUUAUUUAUCAUGAUAAUUCAAAUGCGAAUCAUUAUUAUAUAAUUAUAUUAUUAUAACUAUUAUUGUCGU